AUGACAGACGCCGCUUCAGCUGCGGACAACCUCUCCCCAGAGGCAACACUCACACUCAUCACACGAGACCUAGACGAGGCACUCGGUGUAGACUCACUCAAGGCCAUCCUCACCGGAUCGCCCGAUGGCAAAGAAGCCCCUCGCUCCCUAAAGGCCUACUGGGGUACUGCCCCCACCUCUCGCCCUCACAUCGGCUACUUUGCCGCCCUGGUCAAGAUCGCCGACUUCCUCCGGGCCGGAGUACAGGUCAAGGUGCUCCUGGCAGACAUCCAUGCUUUCUUGGACAAUCUCAAGGCACCCAUCGAGCUAGUCAGGCAUAGACAGCAGUACUACCGCCAGGUCCUCCUGGCUGUCUUCCGCGCCAUUGGCGUACCCACCGACCGCCUCGUCUUCGUCGUCGGGUCCGACUACCAGCUCACCGCCGCUUACACCAUGGACGUCUACAGAGCAGCAGCCUUGACCACGGAGCACGACUGUAAAAAGGCAGGAGCAGAAGUGGUCAAGCAAGUCGCCAGCCCGCUCCUAUCCUCGAUGCUCUACCCUGGUCUGCAAGCCCUGGACGAGCAGUACCUGGAUGUGGACUUUCAGUUUGGAGGAGUGGACCAGCGCAAGAUCUUCACCUUUGCAGAGUCGCUCCUCCCUAAGCUGGGGUACAAGAAGCGAGCCCAUCUGAUGAACCCCAUGGUGCCUGGCCUCAAGGGCAGCAAGAUGAGCGCUUCAGAUCACGACUCCAAGAUUGACUUCCUCGACUCACCGAGCGUGAUCAAGUCCAAGAUCAAGACGGCAGUGUGUGCGCCGCAGACCACCGCAGCAGACGGCAAUGGAGUCCUGGCCUUUGCAAAGGCUGUACUCUUGCCCAUUUCUCGCCUGCGGCUAGACGCUGCAGAAAUGACCGGUCAAGCCCUUCCACACGAAGGCACAUCAGAGGGUCUCGCCGCCUCCUUUGUCCCCACCGAGGCUCCCGCCGGGACCCUCUUCUCCGUCCCCAAAAAGGGAGGCGGAUACCAGCACUUCUCAGAUUACGCCUCUCUCGAAGCGCAAUUCCUCGUACCUGCAGAAGAGGGCGGUGUACACCCUGCGGACCUGAAAGCAGCGGUGACGGAUGCCCUUACAAAGAUUCUUGCGCCGGUGCAAAAGAAGUUUGAAGAGGAUGAGGAAUGGAGAAAGAUUGAAGCAUUGGCUUACCCUAAGGAGGAAGAGGUCAAGAAGAAGACCAAGGUCAAGAAGAUUAACCCGAGACAUCUACCACAGGGUCAACAGGGCUCGCAAGGUGGUGCGGAUGGGAGUGGACCUGCUAGUCAGGGAAGUGAGACGUUCGUUAAAGGUGUUGAGGGAUUGAGCGUUUCAGGAGCGGACAAGGAGAUGGAGGAGAGGAGGAGCGAGGCAAAGGGCGGGAACAAGGAGGAGGUAUGA